AUGGCGGCCUUGGGAGCAUCCCUCGCCCUCGCCUUCCACGCGGCCGGUCUUCACUCUCUCGGAAAAUUCGGUCUGUUAUCCGGCCCGCGAGGUGGUGGAGAAGGCUUGAGUCAGGAUGGGCUCGCUGAAGGGGGAAUGCAGACUUUGGAGUGGGGAAUGGCGGUGGUGGGUGAUCUGCUGAAGAAGAAGCCACCCAUGGUUAUCUGGAGGGGGGGAGCAGGCUUGGGUCGCGAGAUUGAUUAG